AUGACCAUCACGCACAUCGUGUCCUUCCGCUACGCGGAAACAGUGGACCAGGCCACCAGACAAUCGGUCUUUCAGCGGUUCCUUGACCUGCGCUCGCUUUGCAAGCUACAAGAUGGCAGCGCAUACAUUGCCGAUGUGAUAGCUGGCAAUGCCAACAUCAGUCCAGAGGGCGCGGGGAAAGGCUUCGAUGUGAGUGUUGCGAUGCUUCGUACGCCUGGAUGCGUGUCUAACUCAUCCAUCUUCUCGCCAUCCCAACAUUCUCACAUCCCCCUUUUGACUGCUUCCUUUCGGGCCGUGCAACCUCAUCACAGCACACCUUUAUUGUCACUUUCAACAACGCAGAUCAUGUCAAGCACUAUCUCGAAACAGACGCGGCCCAUCUUGACUUUGCAGCAUUUGUCAAGCCUCUGCUCGUCGACGCUUUCAUCUACGAUUUUCACACGCAGCGAGCAUCCGCAUAG